AUCAUGAAUGUUAUCAACAAUACCAGCAAGUCCAGUUUCGAACAUACAGUGUCAAAAAGAGCUUUAAAAGAGGAGAAAAGUCUUAAUUCUGGUGGCCCAUUUAUUCAGUGAUUUUGUCUUUAUUUAUUAUUGUUUACUUCUGCUGUUUAUGCGUUGGUACUGCAGACAGACAGGCAGACAGCAGACAGACAGACAGACAGACACGCAGUGACAGACCAUAUAAAAGUAAACGGGGCUGACACGCUGUUGUAGUGUGAGGAGAGGGACUCACACACACUCACACACACUCUCACACACACUCCGGCUCUGCCGCUGCACGCGUGCAGCCUGGAAAGCGACCAAACUGCAAACUUUAGUUCAAACAACCUGAACUUUCUGACUGAUUUAUUUAGGUUGUUUUAAUCCAGAUUAGGUGAAAUUAAUCUGAACCGAUUCCAGUUAGACUCCAGUGAGGAGAAAACAGCCAGAACACAACGUGGUCCGGAUCCAAGGCUGCAACUUUCUGUGUGCUUGUUAAUCUGGACUUUGGGGGGUUUGCUGGACUUGAAACGUUUGGUUUCGGGCAGGACAUGCCGGGCUUUGUGGCUUUGCUGGCCGCGGUUGCUGUCCUCUCGGCCGGGUCGAGGAGCUCCGUGGUCGCGGUGGAGAUGCGGGGCUCUGUGGCCGUGGAGGAGAGCUCCGCUGCGCCCGCCGCGAACAGCUCCGAGGACGGGGACAGGGAAGCGGGGCGAGCCGGAUGCCCCGGCCGCUGUCGGUGCGAGGUGGACGGGCUGCUGCACCGGGUGGACUGCUCGGACCUGGGACUCCGGGACGUGCCGAGCAACCUGAGCGUGUUCACAUCUUACCUUGACCUCAGUAUGAACAAUCUGACCGUGUUGUCCAGUGGAGCUCUGUCCAGCCUGCACUUCCUGGAGGAGCUGCGUUUGGCGGGAAACGAUCUGUCAUCCAUCCCCAGAGGAGCGUUCACUGGCCUCUACAACCUCAAAGUGCUGAUGCUGCAGAACAACCAGCUGCAGUUUGUCCCUGCUGAGGCCUUCAGCAACCUGCACAACCUGCAGUCACUCCGCCUGGAUGCCAACCACAUCACCAGCGUUCCCGUUGGCUGCUUCUCGGGCCUGCGCUCGCUCCGUCACCUGUGGUUGGACGAUAACUCUCUGACGGAGGUGCCGGUGGAGGCUCUGAGCGAGCUGCCCGCCCUGCAGGCCAUGACGCUCGCCCUGAACCACAUCAGCCACGUGCCAGAUCACGCCUUCAGCAGGCUGGGCCGCCUGGUGGUGCUGCAUCUCAACAACAAUAGGAUCGUUUCCAUGGGAACGAACUGCUUCCACGGACUCCACAGUUUGGAGACGCUGGAUCUGAACUACAACGGUCUGAUCGAGUUUCCGACGGCUGUCCGCUCGCUGCGACACCUCAAAGAGCUUGGUUUCCAUAGUAACAACAUCCAGUCCAUCCCAGAGCAGGCCUUCACUGGGAACCCGUCCCUCACCACCAUACUCUUCUACGACAACCCGAUCCAGUCUGUUGGACGAUCGGCCUUCCAGAACCUGCCGGAGCUGCGAACGCUCUCGCUGAACGGAGCCGCACAUCUCACACAGUUUCCUGAUCUGACGGGAACCAAGAGCCUGGAGAGCCUGACCAUCACAGGAGCUCGGAUCACCUCUCUGCCCAGUUCAGUGUGUGAACAGCUUCAAAACCUUCAACUGCUUGAUCUGUCCUACAAUCACAUCCAGACUCUUCCCAGUUUCUCCGGCUGCGAGAGCGUUCAGAAGAUUGAUCUGCACCAUAACGAGGUAGAGGAACUGGAGGAGAACACCUUCCACGGUCUGAUGUCACUACGCUCUCUCGACUUAUCGUGGAACAGACUGUCAUCGGUGAAGCCCAACUCUUUCUCUGCUCUGCCCGCUCUGACCAGACUGGACCUGUCGUCCAAUCGGCUGUCAUCUCUGCCUCUGAUUGGUCUGCAGAGUUUAACUCACCUGCGUUUGGCUGGAAACACACAGCUGAUGGAGUUAAUACCCCGAGAGGACCUGCCCAGAGUCAGGGUGAUGGAGCUUCCCUACGCCUUCCAGUGCUGUGCCUUCAUCUCCUGUGAGAUGAGAGGAAGAGCAGGAGGAGGAGGAGCUUCUUCCUGGGAGCGGGAGGAGGCAGCAGACUCUGCUGACACCUCCACCCUCUCCAGCCAAGCAGAUCAGGACUGGGAGGAUUUUCUCAUGGAGCUCGAAGACGAACCCAAACGCCAACAUUCAGUCCACUGCAGCCCUGCACCAGGUCCGUUCCGCCCGUGCCGCCACCUGCUCGGCAGCUGGCUGAUCCGUGGAGGGGUGUGGCUCAUCGCAGCGCUCUCAUUGGUCAACAACAGCCUGGUCGUCCUGUCGGUUUUCUUCUCUUCAGCCACCUCAGUGACACCAGCCAGGCUGCUGAUUGGUUUACUGGCCCUGGUGAACGGCCUGAUGGGAGUGUGGAGCGGCUGGUUGGCGGCGGUGGAUGCCUGGACGUUUGGCAGCUUCUGGAGGUAUGGGGCGAGGUGGGAGAGCAGCUUCCUGUGUCGACUCAGCGGCUUCCUGUGUGUGUUUGCAUCACAGACUGGCCUCUUCCUACUCACCGUUGCAGCUCUGGAGCGAUGUUUGGCCGCUGCCGCCGCCCGCCGCCACAAAACUGACGGACACAAAGGUGUGAUCAGCACACAAACGCACAAACACACAUCUGUAAGGUGUCCCCCAGAUCAUGACGUGAUUUCUCCUCGCUCUUUAGGCCACUCCUCGUCGCCGCUCUCCGUCCGUCUGGCUAUGUGUCUGUGUUUCCUGUUGGGCCUGGCCGUCACGCUGCCCCCCCUGGUGGCCGGACACAGUAGUACCUCCCUCUGUCUGCCGCUGCCUUCCUCCUCCUCCUCUCUGGCCUUCACGGUCUCCCUGGUGCUCCUCGACUCAUUGUGUUACCUUCUCAUGACGGUCGCCUACACUCGCCUCUACUGCCGGGUCAACAAAGCUCCACCCGCCGCUGAAGAGGAGGUGGCGCUGACUCGGCACGUGGCCUGGCUGCUCUUCUCAGACUGCCUCCUCUACCUCCCUGUCGCCUUCCUUUCCCUCUCCUCUCUGCUGCGUCUCUCCGCCGCCGGGCCCGAGGCGGCGAAGGCUGUGCUCCUACUUGUGGCUCCACUGCCAGCCUGCAUCAACCCGCUGCUCUACAUCCUGUUCAACCCGCUCGCCCGGCAGGAGCUGGCAGCGCUCGCCAAGCGCACCUGCCAGGCUGUGGGGGUACCCAGACUGGGUAAGGAAGGAGGAAGAGGAGGAGCUGGAGGAAGGCCGAGGCCAAAUGUGAUGGAUCCAAUAUACGACGAGGACGCAGAGAAACAAUCAUGUGACUCGACGCAGGCGCUGGUGGUCGACGGAGGCUCGAAGGAGGAAGCGGAGGAGGCAAGAGGAGGAAGUGGGACACAACAUUCAGCAGCGUUUGUUGCUCCUCAUUACUAGACAGACACACACACACACAAACACACACAUACACACACAGGGUCUAAAGUUCUCACCUGCCGAUGGCCACAUUUCUCUCUCACCUGAACUCAGUUCAAGGCCUUGUUUUAUAAAGGGGCCCUGGGACCAUCAGGACCUCACACACACACACACACACACACACACACACAAGUACACACCUGACAGAUGGGAAGGUGUGUACCUGUGUGUGAAUGUAGCAGAGGAUGGUUGGAACAGUCUGACUCUCUUCUCUCUCUGUUUGUCUCUCUGCCAUCUUUGUUUUAUUCCCACUCCAAAAUGACCAGAACUUUGGAUCAAAAUCAGCGAAAAGAAGGAUAAGAACAAGAACUUCAAGAGCUUCGGCACCUCCACUCUGAUUGGUCAAUCCAGCGCUUUAUGAUAGAGGACAAGCACACACACACACACAGACACAGACGUUAUGAGCAGUCAGCCGCUUUUAUUUUGAAAUAUGAGCCGAUUUACAGCAUCGUGUUACCAAACAUCCUCCCAAAUGUUCUACCAAAUGCUGCAGAGCUUUGUGAGUGUGUGUGUGUCUGUGUGUGUUUGUGUGUGUAUGUGUCUGUGUGUGUGUGUGUGUGUUUGCGAGUGUGUGUGAAAACUGCAGCGUCUGUGUGACUUUUGUCACAGAGUUGAUCCCACAAACAGCAGAACAGGAACCAGAAGACAAACAGGAUUUAAGGACCUGAACUGAACAAACUGCUGAAAGACGUCCAGUAAAAACACAGAAGCUGCCCUUUAACUCUACCCUGUAGUGUCAAUAAAGUUUUCUCAAAGGAAAAGCGUAACCAGUGAACUUCCCAAAACCUGGCAAUCCCUUUGGACGUUUCCCUUCUGUGUCGCACCGACGUGCUGAACGUCCAUACAGGAAGUGGUUGAAGGUCAUGUGACACUAAAAUGUCUGCUGGUUAAACACACACAAACUCUCCAAACUACCUGAACGUUUUCACUUCUGUGCAGACAAACGCUCGUCUUUCUUUCUGCUGAGCAAAACUACAGGAAGGAAACACAUAAUCAGCACUUAUGUGCGAGUGUGUGUGAGUGUGUGUGUGCGUCUCGUUGGAGAGGCUACUGUGACAAUCAUGUCCUCCCUGGAUGAUGUUCAUAAAGUUUAUACAUACAAUAUGGCCCCAUUCAAACUUCACUUCAAAUGGACAAAACUUUGUUGUCGUUUUUGUUGUUGUUUUCUUACAAACUGUAACAUCUUAACGUCUCUGAGCUGUCGUCACAAACAUCCUGAGAGACUCAACAACCUGCAUGAGCCUUUCACACAAAUCUCAGUGCAGCCCUCAGUCUUCAUCAGUGGAUGCUCUGAUCCGUCUCCAUGGCAACCGAGCCGAGGAAGACGUGUGACGUGAUCUGGGAAGAUAACAGUGUUUUUUGUGAAUUUGUGUUUGUAAAAACUCCUCGGUCAUGUAAGCUUCCAUGUUAAUGAGUUGGGGGUGGAGUCCAGUUUUAUGGCCCCGCCCACAACCGCAGCCAUGGAAACGCACUGAUUGUUUGAAUGUGUGUGGCAGUUUGACUGUCGCACUGUGUGAUCAGCACUUAAAAACGUCUCGGAAGCUCAGAGCGACUCGCCUGUUUUCUCUUCCUGUUGUAAACUUCUGUAAAAUAUUUGGAUGUUUUGUGUUUUAGCUUCCAGACUGAAGUUUUAGUUUGUGACGUAUAUAAAACGACAGCGUGGCUGCAACUCUGUGU